CCACACAUGCGAAGAAGCCACAAGCAGAGAGCCAACCAGGCCAGCAACAGCUCCACAGCUACGCUUGCAGAGGCGUAUUGACAUGCAAAAGUUUCGAAACAUCGAUUUCUUGACCUAAGUUACGACGAGAGACAUUGUUUGUUAAGCCGAAACCCAUGGACAGGCCUCGGGUGAUGGAUGGAUUAUUUAAUAGGUACUUAUUUGCUAUAUUUUAAGCUUUAAAUGUAACGACUCGCACCGUCUGGUCUCUUCUCGUUGGUGAACAAGAUGGCAGCAGAAGCGUUGCAGGGUUUGGCUGUGGUGUGGAACCUCGCCGCUAGCAUGGUGGCUGACGCUUUGGCUCAUACUACACUAAAUUUUUAUUAAAGGGAUGGCCUCAAAGGUGUUACUCAAGCCAUCACACCUGUACCCAGCUCAAACAAGUGCCUUAGGAACCAGCAGCAGUGGUACCAGCAGUCACACGGCAAGUCGAUUCCACAGUAGCGUCGACCCGAGCAGAGCCUUUCACCAGCGGCCCCAGACCAAAACCUACGUCAUCGGAGUCAACUACGGCAUCGCCUACCCCAACAACGUGGAGCCCGACUGCGGCCGGACCGACCCGCUGAGGCCCUUCAGAGCUGAGCAGGCGCUAGAGGAAGACCUCUCCGGGGCACUCGUCCAGGGGACUGCGCGUCAGAGUCGGGGCCCACCAGAGGCGAGGAGCUUUGGGGACGGCGGUGAACGUCCGGCUGAGCUAGAGGGAGGCAGAAGCCCCGACCGUGGCCCACAUCCUGGGGCCUGUGUGGGAGCGGAGCAGCAGCAGCGGAAACGCGGCGAGCGUCGGACUCAGGCGAGAGCCGUAGACGUCCCGCGCCCGGGCGCCGACCAGAGAUGUGAGUGGAGGACGGGCCAAGGCGGACAGCGACCGCGGGAACACGGUGGCGGAGUGAUGCAGAUAGUCGAGGACGUCUCUACACUGCCUCCCCCUGCCCCCGCCGUAGCCAUGUUGCAAACCAGUAACCCGGGGAGUAACCCGGGGCCCGGCCCGGUCAGAGCGGGGCCGGCCCAGCACAGCGGACCAGGGGCUGCGCCCGUGGCCAGGCCCGCCGUGAUCGGCGGCGCGGAGGCCACGCAGGACGGCGGGGCCCGGGGCCUGGAGGUGGCGGCGGGCGCCACCGUCACCAGCAUGGGCUCCGUGGACGGGGACUACCAGCUGGUCCAGCACGAGGUCCUGUGCUCGGCCAAGAACAGCUACGAGGUGCUGGAGUUCCUCGGCCGGGGGACGUUCGGGCAGGUGGUGAAGUGCUGGAAGAGGGGCACCAACGACGUGGUGGCCGUGAAGAUCCUGAAGAACCACCCGUCCUACGCGCGCCAGGGUCAGAUUGAGGUUGGGAUCCUGUCCCGUCUGAGUAACGAGAACGCCGACGAGCACAAUGUGGUGCGGGCCCUGGAGUGUUUCCAGCACCUCAGCCACACCUGCCUGGUGUUUGAGAUGCUGGAACAGAACCUCUACGACUUCCUCAAGCAGAACAAAUUCAACCCCCUGCCGCUCAAGAUCAUCAGGCCCAUUCUGCAGCAGGUCGCCACUGCAUUGAAGAAGUUGAAGUGUUUGGGUCUGAUCCACGCGGACCUGAAGCCUGAGAACAUCAUGCUGGUGGACCCGACCAGACAGCCCUACCGGGUCAAGGUUAUUGACUUUGGAUCAGCCAGCCACGUCUCCAAGGCAGUCUGCUCCACCUACCUGCAGUCCCGAUACUACAGAGCUCCGGAGAUAAUCCUGGGACUUCCGUUCUCCGAGGCCAUAGACAUGUGGUCCUUGGGCUGUGUGAUGGCUGAGCUCUUUCUGGGUUGGCCUCUCUACCCUGGAGCCCUGGAGUACGACCAGGUCCGGUACAUCUCCCAGACCCAGGGGGUGCCUGGAGAGCAUCUGCUCAACAAGGGAACCAAGACAUCUCGAUUUUUCCGGAAAGAAUCGGACUCUCCCUACGCCACCUGGCGACUGAAGACCACAGAUGAGCAUGAGAAAGAGACGGGUUUGAAGUCCAAGGAGGCCAGGAAGUACAUCUUCAGCUGCAUUGACGAUAUUGCCCACGUGAACUUGGUGAUGAGCCCUGACCCCAGCGACAUGCACGUGGAGAAGGCGGACCGCCGGGAGUUUGUGUCUCUGCUGAAGACGAUGCUGCUGGUCGACGCCGAGGGCAGGACGGUUCCCUCGGACGCGCUCAGCCACCCCUUCCUCGCCAUGACCCACAUGCUGGACUACCCCCACAGUAACCACGUGCAGUCGUGUUUCCACAUCAUGGACAUGUGCCACAGUCGCCCCGGCAACACUGUUUUCGACGCGCUCAACCACAACACAGAUCCGUUCUCCAGAACAGCCCUGGCAGCCCCCAACUCCAACCUCACCACCGGCCUCCCCCUGGCCUACAAGAAGAUGCCAGUGCACCCUCAGGUGAUGAACCAGCCGGCUCCGCCCGUCUUGCACCCGGGAAUACCCCUGCCAACCGGGAACCAGUUCGGAUGCAGCGACUCCUUCCCCCCGGCUCUCAUCCUCUGCCCUCCCAGCAUGCAAGGUAAUCUUAAUCAGCCUGGAUACUCGGUUUCCAUGGUGAAUCAAGCCCCUCCCAUUCAACCUCUACCAAUGCGACCGGGGAUAAUGACGCAGCCGGCCUGGUCCACUAGAGGCCAGCAGCUCCUGGUCCCGGCGGCCUGGCAGCAGAUGACCCCCGUGGGGCCUCCGCCCUCGCACCCGCCGCCUCCCCCCUCCUCCCUAACCAACGAGUGCGGGCUGCCUCAGCAGCGGAUCGGCGACUGGGGGAAUGUUCAUCCCCACGGCAACCAUUACAACACUGUGAUGCAGCAGCAUCUCCUGGCCAAUCAGCUGCCAGCUCUGUCUGCUGCCCAGCCAAUGAACAUUGGUGUGGCUCAUGUUGUGUGGCCCCAGACAGCCAAUAAAAGAAACAGGCACAGUUACAACAGGAAUGCACCCCAACCCAACAACAUGUACCAGAUAUCCAUGUGUCGGACGCCCAAGAUGGCCGACUUGGUCAGACACGCGGUGGCCAAAAGGGAUCCGCCCCAGAGGACAGGGCCUCCGCGGCAAAGCAGGCAAGAGGAAGUACUGAACGCUGAGGAGGAGGAGGAGUACGAAGAGGAGGGAGAGGACGACUACGAAGACUCGGUCAAAAAAGUGACAUGCUUCAAAGAGGUGACGAUGGAUUCCAGCCGGCGGCCGGACGUGGCCAAUCAACCGCCACGCGAGGUGGCCGUCUUAUUGGGCGAGACGCCGAGCCCCGCCUCCAGCGUGAUCAGCAUCCACAGUGAGCCAACCGACGACGAGGACGACCGGCAGUGUCUUCUGAGAGAAUGUAAAGAGGCGUGUGCGUGUGAGGCAUGCAGGAACACCAGUGUGUCCAUGGAGAGAGUUUGUUCCUUCAGUAGCCCCGACAGCAGCCUCAGUACAGACUCCUCCGUCUCCAACUCCCCCCAGUCCAGCCCCUCCAUCUCGCCCUGCAAGAGGCCCAACAGCGUCUCCGAGGACGACGGGCACGGCAGCGGCUGUGAGACGGUGGAGGGCUCCCCCACCUCGCCCCCCGGCAACGUCCCCUACUGCUACCUCGGCAACGGUAACCGCAACAACCGCCCACCUCUGGCCGCCGCCGCCGCCGUGGCGGCGGCGGGGCUGGGCGCCGCCGUGGUCGCCCAGGGGCGCAGCGGCCCCAGGACCAUGGUGGUCCCACCGAUGAGAGUGCAGAACAACAACUACAGCGCGGCGACCGAGGGCCGCAGCCACAGGACGGCCUCCGAGUCCUGGUCCCGCUCCAGAGGACGCUGCGGCCUCUCCGGUCCGGCCCUGCUGCCCUCCGCCCCCCUGCUGCCCCGGGGCCAGAGGGGGUCCGCCCUGCAGCAGCCCCUGGGCUUCACACAGGUGCCCUCCUACGGCUCCAGCCACAGCAGCAAGGAGUGGAACGGCAACUACGUCCCCCUGCGGCCGCACGCCUUCAUCCCCCCUACCGUUCAAACGCACACCUUCACCCACCUGCCGCACGGCAGCCCCACGCACACUUCCACCACCCCGCGCGGGCACACCCAGUGUCUGCCCGCGCACGCCCUGCUGGCGUACCCUCCUACCGGCCCCCUGCACGCCACGCACCCCCACCCCCACCACCUCCCCUCGCACCACCUCCCCUCGCACCCCCCGCCGCUCCUCCAGCCUGGCUACGGCCUGUCUCACCCCCAGGGGGGCACCAUCGUGCACCAGGUCACCCUCGGCAUCGGCCCCCACCGGCUCCUCCCCUCGCCGACCGUGCUGCCCCAUCAUGGCCCUGGCUACCCUCACCCUCACCCUCACCCCCACCACCAGUUCCCCCCUCACUUCACCAGCAUGGCCCCGCCCUCUCUCCCCUACAUGGCCUCCCCUGCCGCCUUCAGCGGCUUCCCCCUGAGCCCCACCAAGCUCGGCCACCACCACCACCACCACCAGUUCUCGUUCAUCUGAGGGCCCGUCAGGGCCGCCGGGGCCCGCCGCCACCGCCGCUCUGCCUCGGCACGGACGCGGCCCCCGGGAGGCGGGAGGCGGCCGCGACCUGGCCAGGUAGAUUCACCAGCAGAGCACGGAACGGCUACGCCUGACUGCUGACCACCACGACGACAGUGCUGCCGCAUGACACGGGGGGGCGAUGGGGUCUGAUAUUAAUGGACACUUUAGGUUAAGCAUUGGCCUCGUAUCCUCGUGUGAGGUGGCGUUACGUCGUCCGGAGGGAAAUGGACUCUGGGCGACUUCCGAUGACUUUGCGGUGUGUGUGUGUGUGUGUGUGUGUGCUUUGUGGGAAAGUGUCUGGAGUUUAUGUGAGAUUUCGGUUAAUCACACAACGUGAAUCCAGUAUUGUUCUGAAUAACAAGCCGUUUAUUGUUGUUGUCAGGCACCUUUUGGUAAGCCUAAGCCUUUUACCCGUCUCUGUGAUAGGAGUGCCCAGAGCUCUUUAAGCCACGUUCACACCAAAAGCCACGCAAAUAAUCUACUCGGGCCAACCGCAGACUUUUGUCACGCGAGUUGUUUAGCGUCAAGUGAAAUUUGUGUCAAAUUUCAAAUAUUUCUACUCGAGCAAACGCGCGAUCGAGGCAAAUUUGCGUCGUUCGCACGAGCAGAAUCACACAAGCCGUGUUGUUUGCAAUGACUCUGCAUGUAUUCGCGGCGUUGGCUUUUGGUGCGAGCGUGCGGUAAUGCGUGUUCACCAUGGAGGAAUCGGACCUCCCACUCUAUCCACUCCCCCCUGAUAUCCUAAAGCCCCCCUCCCUCACCUCCCCCCCUCACACCUUUCAGUGCCUUAAGAGUGGAGUCUGACAAAAACUUCAGGAGUUUCUAGAUUUUAAUGUUAAUGGGCUUGCAGCAGCACUUGAAGCUUUACUUCUUGUUUAAUAGGAUGAACCUAGUGGAUAGACACAAGCUUUGGCUUGUGCUUCUUUAUUUUCCCGUUUGGUGUAAAGACUGAGUUUGUAUUGAGACUAUAAAUGAUAUAUAGGCUUUUGAUCGACUAAGCUUUUUAUGUAUGUACUGAAUGACUUCAUAUUUUGAUAAUCCAUUUCUAUACACUAGUGCUUAACAACAGUAUUGUCACUGUUAACUGUAACUGCAAUACAAUCUAGAAAGCAUUUGGGUUGCUGUGUGUUACUAUAGUAAAGGCUGUAUUUCAAUUAAUCCAUAGUAUAUUUUAAAAUACAUUGUCAGGAGCGCUAAAGAAAACUGCUGAAGUUUGGGCUAAGGACAAACCAAUUGAUUAUUUUGUGUUGUAGUUUAAAAAAAUGUUUCAGUGUUUUUUAAUAACCAAUCAACGUACAGUAUCCUUGCUGGGCUAUUGGAGUGUUUUCUGUGUAUUUUAUUGGAUAUUUUUCAUUGAGUUAAUAAUCCUUUUUUUGUCUCGUUACUUUUUUGCAUACAUUCCGUCAUGGUAUGGCAUUGCCUUGCUUGUGUAUGGUUUGAGUUUUUCCCCAUUUCACCCACACCUGUGUAAUGUGUGUGUGUGUGGUAAGGGGUAUGCCUUCUUUAAUGGACAGUACCUUGCCUGAACGGACUGGCAUUCUACUCGUCUCUGCACCAAAGACUGUUCACUUAAAUGGACACUCUUUGUGGUCCAUGUCCCCCCCCCCCCCCCCCAGUAAACGUAGAUGGUAUCAUUGGUUAAACUAUCAUCGUUGUAUAGUGUAGUAUGUGGAAUGUAUAGGUAAUGAGCUGCUAUGUAUCGACUGGCUUUCACUUCCCAUAGCUGUGAGUUAGAGGACUUAACAUUACCCCUCUCCCCCCCGCCGCCCCCACUGCUUUCUUCACAUUCGUGUUGUUUUGAUAAAUGGAUACCAUAGAACUGGGUGAAGUGUGAUCCCAGAGCAUAUUGAAUCAUAUUCAUACAUGCAAGUGCCUCUGUAUAAUGGCUUUUUGUUUUUGAAGUGAUUUUGUUGAACUGCUGUAAUCGUAGAUUGGAGGUUUCUAGCUUAGUUUAUAUUCUCUUUAUUUACUUUGGUUGAACUUGUGGGGUUUUGUGUGUGCAUCGUAUAGCAUCAGUAUUUUCCUCAUCAAAAUAAUGUUUGGUUACGGUAAUUGUGUUGUACUUAAGGUUUUAUUCUGUCUGAAGACAUAGCUUUUUUUUUUUUGUAUUUUUGUUCUUGUUGUUGAGCUGUAUUUACAACAGUUUUGUACCGUACAUCUAGUGCCUUCUUCCACCCACUGGUUCCCGAUCUGCGUCUUUGCAUCCAUUUGAAAGAAACGGUGCUUUGGGGACCGGCGGGGUGUGUUCUCUCUCUCUGGGUUUGACCCGUGUUAUUAAUCCCAUUAUUCACCACUCAACCCAAAGUCCUUUUUUCUCUUGUUUUGCGAACCAAGACGUUCCAAAACAAGUGGCGCGUCUUCUACAUAAUCCUAAGAAAGUAUAAGUCAGGGAAAGUUUGUUCCAGCGCCAGAACCACACCAAUGACGCCAUGCAGUACUAAACUCACAGGACCUAUCUUUAUUAUACACACAGAUGCAAAGCUUUACUCACAUGCUGUGAAUGUAUUGUGUUGGGACUGUUAGUUAUUGUAGACGUGACGUAGCCUAGUUUGAUGUCUCUGUGGCGGCCACAUUGCUCUCGGAGGGCUCCUCCUGAAUCUCUAGUGUUUUGUGUACGCCGCUGUCUGCCAUUGCUCGGGGUUUAUCUUGUGUUUUCUGUUUUGCGGCAGGCUUUAGUGAUUGAAGUUGGGCUUUCUUUAAAUAACGUGCGUGUUUUGAGUGGCUUUAGUCAAGGUGUGUGCUUGUCGAGGAUGCAACUGCUGUCUGUCGAUCCCCGAAGUAGGAGAACGGAUUGGUCCGCUGCACUGCAGGGAGCGUGUGCACGUCAAUAUCAACGACUAGAUCGUAGUCUGAUGUUGGACUGGAUGGAGGGGCAGUGGCUCCGGCGUGUUCCCUCUGUAGUCGAUCGACCCAACUGGGGAGCAGGUUCUGUUAGCGGCACUUGUUUUGACGUAUGCCCGUCUAGUGUUGGAUUUUAGUUUGUUAUGGUGUUCUUUUUUUUUUAGUUUAGUAUCGUUGUACCAACCAGCACAUCGGAGACGUGCACGGCCACACCAAUGCGGGGGUCGUGAUGCACGGCUCUGUAAUCCCCCCCCCCCCCACCUCUUUGGACUGAUUGCUCAGGAUCACUCCGGAAACGACCCUCCCCCCUACCGCCCCCUCGGCCUCUCGCUGAGAGUUGAAUCAUCAUCACUGUCGGGUCAGAUUGCCCCUAAAUGGAUCAUGGAGCUAAAUCCAAGCACAGCACAUUGUGUCCCGUAGCUUCACACUUUGCAGAACCACAGCGUCGGACAGUUCCGGUGUGUGGGUACACAGAUACAGUCGAGUUGAUUGAGUGCCUUUUUUUUAAAAGAAAAUUAAAAUAUUAAAGAAAUCGACAAAAUGGGCAAUAUCUUCAUCUCCCUGAUUCAUGGGAUAUCCGUUCUAGCAUAUGGCAAAACCAAAAGAGCCAGUGGGCUAAAUGGGAUUGAAGUCAUUUGAAAACAAGAGAUUAGGUUAGAGUUGGCUUUAUUUAACAGUGACAGGAUCCAAAAUAGUCUGCAGGCUUGCUGUUUCUGGGUUCUAUGCUUUUACUAAUGAUGUUUCAUUGGGCACUGGGCAAUUGUAUGUUAUUUGAUCCUUAUGACACUCAAGUAGAAGUUUGUAAUUAAUGGGUUAAAGUUUUGUAUACUCAAUUCAUAAGUAUGUAGAUGUGAUUUCUUAAUUUAAUUUUGAACUGUUACUGCUUACAAAUGUGUGUGUGUGUGCGUGUGUGUGUAUAGAUUGUGUGGCUUUUAUGAUUUUACCGUUUUGAUUUUAAUUUUUAAUUUUAAUGCUACACUAGUUUGACAUGUAGCAACUGCACUGUGCAAUAUACAACAUGACUGGGAAAAUAAUUGUUUGGAUGUAUUUGUGUGUUACUAGUGUUUGGUCGUUUUCUUCUCUCCACCUGACCCUCUCGUUCUCUAGUGAGUUUCAGCGUGACCUGGCCUUAUGUACUUUGUCACAACAAGCGGGUCCUUCUGAGUGACUCUUAAGGGUGAUUGUCAAAAAAAUGAGUAUAUGGUGUAUGAUGUCGAGAUUCACUUUGAAUAAAAAAAAACAUAUUUUGCUUCA